CUCUCUCUCUCACUCUUGUACAGUUUUUUGAAUUUUAAAUUCUUCUCACCGUCACCUUCUUCUUUUCUCCCCCCAGAGUUGGUUUGCCGCUCCUUCUGUUUCUCUUUCUCCCAAAUUUAUAAUAAAAUAAUAUUUGAAGAAAUAAAAAUAGAAAGCAGAUUGUUGCUGCUUUAAAUUAGGGAGGUUCAAAAGGAUCCCGCUUGUUCUCUUUCAGCUGCCUUUUUUUCCACUUCAGAAUAACAGUAAAAGACUUUCAAACGUUGCCCCAAGAGGGGGUAGCAUCCUUCAAGAUGGAGCAAUAUGAUAUUCUAGAGCAGAUUGGUAAAGGGUCUUUUGGUUCUGCUCUUCUUGUGAGGCAUAAACAUGAAAAGAAGAAGUACGUCCUGAAAAAGAUUCGCCUUGCUCGCCAGACUGAUAGGGCUCGUAGAUCUGCCCAUCAAGAGAUGGAGCUUAUUUCUAAGGUUAAGAAUCCAUUUAUCGUGGAAUACAAAGAUUCUUGGGUUGAGAGGGGUUGCUAUGUUUGCAUAAUUAUAGGCUACUGUGAAGGAGGAGAUAUGGCAGAAGCUAUAAAAAGAGCCAAUGGUGUCCAUUUUUCUGAGGAGAAACUUUGCAAGUGGCUAGUUCAACUCCUAAUGGCACUUGAUUACUUGCAUGCCAACCAUAUUCUUCAUCGUGAUGUCAAGUGCUCAAAUAUAUUUUUGACAAAAGAUCAAGACAUACGUCUAGGUGAUUUUGGUCUUGCUAAGAUGUUGACUUCUGAUGACCUUGCUUCAUCUGUUGUGGGAACUCCCAGUUAUAUGUGUCCUGAGCUACUUGCUGAUAUACCUUAUGGUUCUAAGUCAGAUAUUUGGUCCUUAGGAUGCUGCCUGUAUGAAAUGACUGCUCACAAACCUGCAUUUAAAGCUUUUGAUAUGCGGGCUCUGAUUAACAAAAUAAAUAGGUCUAUAGUGGCUCCUUUACCAACCAUGUAUUCUGGUGCAUUUCGAGGACUCAUAAAGAGCAUGCUACGGAAGAAUCCAGAACUUAGACCAAGUGCUUCAGAGUUACUCACUCACCCACACCUUCAGCCAUAUGUCCUCAAAAUUCAUCUGAAAUUGAAUAGCCCUAGGUGCAACAGUUUCCCAACCCGGUGGUCUGAUUCCAACUUCAUAAAGAAAACAAGAUUUGUGGAGCAAGAUGUUAUGCUUCUUACUGACAUGGGGAGAAGGCGGUCAUUCAGCAAUGACAGGGCUUUGAACCCCAGCGUAUCUGAAGCUGAACAAGACUCCUUCUGUUCUGCUCAAAGAGAACAAGAAAUUCCAAGUUAUUUGUUUGAAAAGUUCACAGAAUUUUCUGUCAGUAUUGACAAUGAAGAGAUUACAAUUGACAAAUCAACAGCCACAAAGUUUCCCACUGUUGCUAAGACCCCAAGAUUGACACCAGCAAAAGUGUCCUUCACUCCAAGAAAACAUCCAACCCCAGCAAAGAUGUACCGGACUGGUCAAAAACAUGAUUUGGUCCCAGUUUCAAAUACCCCAGCAAGCAAAUCAUCCUACUCAUCGCGCAGAGUAUCUCUUCCAUUGCCAACAAGGACUGCAGCCUUAGUGACCCCCUAUAGAGCCAAUGUCGGUUUGCUUCGCAGUGUGGACUCCCCGGAUGUUUCUGUUAAUGCUCCACGAAUUGACAAAAUCGCAGAAUUCCCUUUAGCUUCUUCUGAUGAUCCCCUUUUACCCAUCCGUGGGACCUCAUCAACGUCUGCAAAGUGCUCUUCUUCAUCAAUCGACAGUGCUGACCGUUCUAUAACAAAGGACAAGUGUACAGUCCAGAUUCUGGACAAAGUUGUUAUGACAAUGAAUGGCAGUGAUCAUAGCCUUGGAGUUGCACAAGAUGGUAGCGAAGGCUCAGAGCACAAUCGUGCUGCUGUAUCCACCCGUUCAUCUUCUGAGUCACGACAGAGGCGGUUCGACACCUCAUCGUAUCAGCAGCGGGCAGAGGCAUUAGAAGGGCUGCUUGAGUUCAGUGCACGGCUCUUGCAACAACAAAGGUAUGACGAGCUUGGGGUGCUAUUGAAGCCAUUUGGACCUGAGAAAGUGUCGCCCAGGGAAACUGCAAUCUGGUUGGCUAAAAGCUUCAAGGAGACCCAAGUCUAA